AUGCUCUUCCAAGACCCAAUAAUAGCCCCCCACAACAAACACAUCGACCUCACAAUAAAUCAACAAAAUCAAUUGCCGAAUUUCAGCAUUGGUAGAGCAUCAUAUGGUGAACAACUUCAUCUAUGGGACAAGAAAACUGGGAAGCUAACUGACUUUACCACCGAUUUCUCCUUCGUCAUCAAUCCGUCGAAAGACAACCCUAACAGAGGACGUGGGGAUGGACUUGCUUUCUUCCUCACUAAUAUCAGCAAUUCAGACAUCUCCAACUCUAUAGCAGGUGGUGGUCUUGGUCUUUUUAACUACUCACCACAUACUUCUUUUUCCAAUUCCAUAGUUGUAGUGGAGUUUGAUACAUGGAAGAAUGAUUGGGACCCUGAUGACAAUCACAUCGGUAUCAACAUCAACUCCAUCGUGUUUGUGAAGAAUGUGACCUGCAAUACCAUUAUUAAGAAGGCUACGGGGAAGGCUAGUGCUCGGGUGACUUAUAAUUCAAGUUCCAAAUUGCUUAGUGUUUUCUUGACUUAUGAUUGA